ACGGAUGCGGACGCGAGCGCGGCACCGCGACCAAUAGAUUUGGCCAAGCCCGAGCGAACUGAAGACAACGACGGCUGCAGUCCCGCCAAAGGCAACAAACUCUUGCCACAUGCAACAGUCGCAGCUGCUGCUACGCCUGAGACGCCGACUGAGGCAGCAACAGAGGCAGCAGCUGCUGGGAAAAAGAAACAGACAGAGGCGGAAGCAAGCUCCGGCGACUUAUGGCCAUGUUUGUUGUACGGGUAA